AUUUUUAUCUAUGUGUUAUCUAUGAUUAUUUUGGUAUUUUUGUACAGCGUUUUAUUUUACUGUGUCUGUUUUAGAUUUUCCAGACAUCGAUAUGAACACUAAUCAAAAGUUGUGCGUCGCAGUGAUAGGACUAUCUGUCGGUGUAUUGAUGUCUAAUUUUCUGUUGCAAAAACAAAAUGCACUUAAUUUCCUCAAGAACAAUAUUAAAAAGCUUGCUUAUACCACAAGAAAGACUGCCUCUGAGUCAACAGUAAAUAAGGAAAUGCAACAAAAUAAACCAGCCAUGUUAAUCGAUCAGGCGAAAAUGAUUUGUCAUAAAGCUAAAACGGGCAUUGUAGCUGUGACGAUGGUGAAUGAAGCAUAUCUAGAAAUGACCUACAGUUGGUUAUGUAACACUGUCAAUAUGAAUGUUCAUGAACAAGUGCUUAUUAUUGCCACGGAUGAAAAAGCAUUGAAGAAACUUCGACGUGAUUGGCCAAACGUCACCUCCGUCAUGUACUCGCUUUCUACUACAAAGGUUGAGUACAUGGAAGCAGGAUAUAUACGAUAUAUGUUAACCCGGACUAUGUUACUUCUUUCGAUGCUUAAAAACAAUGUUACAAUCCUAUUAUUUGAGGUCGACGCUGUGUGGUUUUCUUCUCCAUUCCCUUUGCUUCAGUCUCUGUCAAAAUAUGACAUAGUUGGUGCAAAGAUCUCAGGGAAUAACCGGAUAGCAGGAGGCUUCCUCUUGCUACAACCAACUAAUGCUACACAAGUUGUUUUCACAAAAGUGAUAGACAAACUAAAUGCAUUUUUGGAAACAUAUUCAAAUGUUACAGACGACAAAAAACUACCAGAUGGGUCUAAUGAUCAGACAUAUUUACAUGAAAUAAUUGUGUCACAACACAAUCUAAAAUACAAAUUAUUGGACUUUAAUAUCAUUGAAGACGGACUUUGGUAUUUACGAUCACACAAUUAUUCAACAGAGACUCGGCCACUUGUUUUAAAUAACAAUUAUGUCAUUGGUAACGAAGUCAAAAUAGCACGAGCGAAAAAGUUCGGACAUUGGUUCCUCAACAGUAACAACUCUUGUGACUUGGAAAAUGUUCGAAAAAUGACCAGAAAUUAGUGCUUUGUGCUAUAAAUAAUUUUGACACUAUAAUUCCAUUGAUUCAGUUUUGAGUCUUGGCAAAACCCCAUAUUGCCCUCAACAUUCUCCCUGAUACGGUUCAGGGAACCAUACAUACUAGGACCCCAUGUCUCCCGGUUAGGUUAGGUUAUAUUCAAAUAUGUGAGAACAAUAUCGCAAACAAACUACCAAUGGAUGUAAACUGAAAUGUAUCUUGGAGUACUUGAAUGUCAAUAAUGAAUGAUUUAAUGACGGAAUAAAGAUUGACACAAUUACAAACA